AUGGAACCUGCACAUCCCUCCACCUCCGCCGCACCACCAACACCACCGCCACCGCCGCCAGCAGACUACACACAAUACCCACCUGAGCCUCUCACAGAACGAGUCCUCCGUGCAUUAGAACACCGUCUCCGUCUCCUCCACCGCUCUAACAACGACUUCUUCAUCUUAGGCGCCACCGGAAACGUCUACACAGUCACCCUUUCCGCCGCUCCAUCCUGCACAUGCCCAGACCGCACCACCCCAUGCAAACACAUCCUCUUCGUUUACAUUCGCAUCCUCUCCAUCUCCCUCGACGACCCUUGUCUAUGGCGCCGAAACCUCCACCCUUGCCAACUCACCCGCCUCCUCUCAGCUCCCGUCUCUGCAGAUGCCGUUGCCGGUGUAGCCAUCCGACAACGCUUCCAGGAAAUGUAUCUUCACCGUGCCGCCACCAACCCGGAUGGGAAACGGCCGCCGGUGGUGGCAGAAGAGGGUUCGAAUUGUCCGGUGUGUCUGGAGGAGAUGGGGAGAGGUGAUCGGAAACUGGUGGCGUGUGCCACUUGUAAGAAUCCGAUUCAUGAAGAUUGUUUCAUGGCGUGGAAGAGGAGUAGCAGGAGAAGAUCAACGUGUUGUGUGAUAUGUCGAGCAAGGUGGAGAGAUCGAGCUGAACAGGAGAAGUAUAUUAACCUGUCGGCGUAUGUUAGCGAAGAUGAAAACGAUCAACAGGGUGAAGAUUAUUGUGGGGUGAAUUUAAUUAAUUAG